AUGACGCUUAGCGGAGACGGCGCGGCGGCGAUGGAGGCGCUGUUGAAUGCCGACCGCAGCACCGCGGCAACAACAGCAGCAACAGCGGCGGCAGCAGCGACACCAGCAGUAGCGGAGCGGACAUUAGACGCUGCAUGGCGCGGCGCUGAGGCGUUGCACUUCUUCCUGCUCUGCCAGCAGCACAUUCUGCGCCGCAACCUCGGCUUUGCUCUCAAUGUGGCGAUGCGGCUGAUGGACUACGACGACAUUAUUAGCCCCGUCGACAGCUACAGCCUCAUCGCGCUUACGGCGUAUCUUGCCAAGAACUUCAGCAUCUGCAGCAAGGCCUUCACACGCCUCGAGGCGGCGGAGCAGCUCGACGCGCAGCAGCAGCAGCAAGAAGGCGGCGGCGGUGGCGGUGCCGGCCCUGCACUGGCAGGACAGCUGCAGCUCAUCGACAUGACAAUGGAACUAGACGUCACUAGCAGAACGCGUAGUGCGCAUACCAACAAUAAUAGCAGAGGUCUGGUGCUGGGCGCGACGCGGCUCGACGGCACAACGACAUCCCUGCAGCUGACAAACCCAUCCAAGGGCGUGGUGACUGCGACGCAGUUUACGUACCCAACGGUUAGCCUCAAGGAGCCGCGGCGUCGCUUCGCCGACCUCGCAGUAAAGAUAUUCAAGCAGAACAAGCCGGAGGAUACCUCCGUCGACCGCGUCAAGUGCCCCAAGUGUGAGGCCUUCAAUAAGGAGUGGGCGCCGUGCUGCGUGAAUUGCCAGCAGCCGUUCAGCGUCUGCAUCUACACCGGCCGCAGCAUUGCCGAGGAGGACUUCUGGCAGUGUGCCGUAUGCCACCACCGUAUUAUUGAUGUGGAAAGCGACCGCUUCCGUAACUGCCCGCUUUGUCAUACACCAAUGAAGCAGCGCUUACGCGGGGGGCGACAGUGA